GUCACACGCCGCUUUGGACUGUUUUCAAUUUGCAAUUGCAAUUUUUACAAGCAAAUAAGCCUUUUCCAUCGGACUCAAGCCGGUCUAGUGGCCACAAAGGCGGCAUGCUGUUAGGAGAAUACGACACGACCCGGCGACUUCUGUUUAUUGUGGCCGUUCUGCUGAUCGUCCUGUAUGCGAAAACGUACCUGCUCCCCGGCGUGGAUCUAGACUACGACUAG